GUGAUUCGCCAGUCACUGCCACGCCUGGACGAGAAGCUGCGUAGCGGUUCAUGGGGAAUCGGGUGGCUGUUUCCCGGUGCCUUGCAUCCUUUUGCGGCUUGUGGCUCCACCUGCGUGACUGCUGCUGUGGACUUCGUUGGGCGGGAGGUAAUUGUUGGGAAUGUCGGCGACUCGCGCGCGUUGCUGAUCCGGGAUGGCAAGGCCAUCGCCUUGUCCGAGGAUCACAAGCCUGAAAACCCGAUAGAAAGAAACAGAAUCCGAGCGGCGGGUGGCCAGGUGGUUAAGAUUGGGCCGUGUCACCGCGUAGACGGUAACCUCAAUCUGUCAAGAGCCUUUGGCGAUUUUACUUACAAGUCAACGGCCAGCCUCCCCGCCGAGAAGCAGAAGGUCAUCGCAUUUCCAGAUGUGACCAGGACCGCCUUCCGCGGUUGGCCACAGGAGCUGCUCGUCCUCGCUUGCGACGGGCUCUUUGAGCGGUGUUCGAAUCAGGACAUCGCAAAUCUCAUCUGGCCGCGAGUGAAGUUGGGAAUGCCGCUGGAACAGAUAGCGACAGAAGUGCUUCACGCCUGCUGCGCUCGGUCUUCGCGUGGUAGACCCAUCGAAGAAGGUACAGAUAAUGAGACAAUCAUCCUUAUCCGGCUUCCGGAUGGUGGUCAAAGUACCGAAGUCACGGGAGGAUCCGAGGGGUCAGAGGAUCCCCUGGCACCAGGACAGCGGGUGCGAGUUCAAAACCUCGAAAGCGAAGCUGGUCAGAAGCUGAAUGGACUGGAAGGCACCGUCGAGGGAGCUGGCAGCUGUGAAGGCCGCUACAGCGUUCGCCUUGCAGGUGUGGGCGCCAAGUCCCUGAAGGCCGAAAAUCUGACGCCGAUCCAGGCUUGCUAA